AUGGCUUCCAGUACGAACGAAACCAUGACAUCAGGGGAUCGACGGGUACCCUCUGGUCGGCUUGGAGAGUCCGCACAAACAACAGCGCAGGACUGGAUACUUGAGGGGCAGAGUCCAGAGGCCCUCCCUAGCUUAUAUCCGUUUUUAGACCAUGAACUUCUGCAACGCAACCCGGUCCAUGGAGGCAAUGAUGGGCACACCCGAGGACUAUGCUCGACAUUGGAUAUUCAUGGGCAUGGAAUCGGUUUUAUAUCAAGCAGUAGCUGUCUGCAAGCGCAUGACCACUCUCUUGCUAUCGAUAGCUCCGACCUCGAUGAUAUCGCUCUAAAUAGUUUUGAAAUGCUCGCAGCUACUACAGAGAUCAAGCAAACUGUUCAACCGCCUCAAAAGCUACUUACGGAGAGCCAUAUCCUCAAUAACGGACUACUUAACCCUGACCAACGUAACAGGCCUGGUCGUUCUUUCAUACCGGCCCGGGAUCAAAUAGUGACACUUGCUGCUGGGAACACUAUGCAGAAUAUUCACGACCCAGAUCAUGUCUGCCAAUGCUGGAGAGAGCUCACAUAUAUCCUCGAGAAGAUAGAGCUCAAGGACAAUACUCUGGAAACUCUGGAACAAUCUUCGAUAGAGUUAGCCUUAUCCUUUCAGCGACGGGCAGUGGAAAAGUGUGCAAGAAUUAUUGCUUGCAGCUACUGUCGACUAUCCUCUGAGAGGAUGAUGCUCCUUGGCCUAAUACUAGAGAAACUGGUUAUGAAGUUUACAGACCUAGUAAGGGUAUGCCAGGAGAAAGGACUAUUCCAAGCUCACUCAGACCCUCAUGCAAGCUCUAGUGAUGGUCAACCAAGCUCGUCAUUGGUGAGAUCCGAAGGCUCAGCAUCGACCUCCAGCAGGUACUCUGUGGACAGUACGAACACCGAGCGAAGACUGUUCCUUGGUGAUUAUGAAGUUCAGCCUUCAGAAUGGGCACCGUUGGUCAAAACAUUGAUCAGACUCUACGCGAAGAGGUUGGAGUCUUUAUUACGUUGCUGUAAGAUGUGGGCUAUAGCAGCAAAUCAGAGUGCAAUGCUUUCCAUUUUCUCUAACGUGGAACAACAGUUUGAACUCAUGUCGGCCAUCGUGUGA